AUGAGCCUCAAUGGUGCAGCAUAUAUGGAGAUCCAGUGGAUCGAUAUGGUGUAUAAUGUUACAAAAGACAACGAGAAGAAGAGAAGUUUAGAUGGCAGGGUGUUGGAGAGAGAUGCUGAGCAAGACGGUGAGCUGAUACGACGAGAUGAUAGUAAGGGUGCAUGUAAGGUCGUAUGCAGCAUCGAUGAGGCGGAUGAGGCUGGAGAGACCAAGAUCCUUUCGAAAAGUGCGGCGUCUCACAUGCUGAAUAUGCGAUACUGGACAAGGACAAUUGCGUUUGGAAUCAUGCUUUUGGCGUAUAUAUAA